AUGCUUAGUACCAAAGUUUUUAUUAUGGUGUUUUGUCUUGCUGUUGUUCAUUUGCGUGCAACUAGUGCAGCAUGUUGGUCUACAAACGCGUGUAUAGAUAAGGGUGUCUGUACCAACUUGGGAGGUGCGGCUCAAGCAGGUCAUUGUACUGGUGCCGCCCACAUUCAAUGCUGUACCUGUCCAAGAUGCAUAGAUGAAACAGCCUGUAGAAAUAGUGGUGGAACACCCGGUGCUGGUAUUUGCCCGGGUGCUGCGAAUAUUAAAUGUUGUAAGGGAGGAAAUGGAGGAGGAGGAGGAGGAGGAGGAUCUACCGGUCCUGCACCCAGUAAACCAACUAAUACUAUGCUCACUGGUUUGGCUGAUAUACUUCGUAGUGCCGGUGUCAAUGUUGUUGAAGUUGCUGGAUGGAAGACUCGUGGACAUGGGGUCAUGGCUUCAGUGAAAGGAAUACUUGUUCAUCAUACGGCAGGUCCAGCAACAGGCGACUUUCCUUCUUUAGGAGUAGUACGAGAUGGUACAGGUAGUCUUGCCGGCCCACUUGCACAGCUUGGACUGGGCCGUUCUGGAACCUGGUGGGUCAUUGCAGCAGGUCGUUGUUAUCACGCUGGCAGCACCAUAGAUGAUUCUAUCUAUGGCAACAGCAAUGCAAUUGGUAUCGAAGCUGAAGGAACUGGUUUACCAGCCACCGACAGUGGUCAUGCAAACUGGCCAGAAGUACAAUACCAGAGUUAUAUAAAAGGUGUGAAAGCUCUUCAAAAAGCUUAUGGUGUAGCUACAGCUCGUGUCAUAGGACACAAAGAAGCAGCGGUACCCAAAGGCCGCAAAAUAGAUCCUAACUUCUCUAUGGCUGAAUUUCGAUCGAAGCUCGGCUAA